UUUUUUUACCUCCAGGCUCUGGUCUCUUUGCCUGGACCUUGACCUGCCAUUAUCCACACUCCAGCUACCACCACAUACUGACAGGACAUUACCGCGCCAUUGUUUCAAUUAGUAACUUGAACUUUCAUCUUAGUCUUUACUUUUUUUAAUUUAAAAUUAAAUUCUGUUAGUUUUAAGGAAAUGGCUGUGAGUGGCUCAACAAUUGUCCUUCCUACAACAGGGGGCGCUGCUGAUUAAAUACAUCCUCUGCACCUGUGCAUCUUCUUCUCAACUCAUUUAUUUAAUCAUUGUUUAAAUCCGUGAUAAAUUAAUCUAGAGAAAUAAAGUCCAACCCAAAGCUAGGACCGCCCCUGCUCUCACGCUACACUUUCCAUCUAAUGCUGGGACAAACAUGACCCUCUGACAUACCGCGGCAUCCUGGCGGGGACGCGCACAGAGGGAGCGCGCACACGGUGCCAGUGACUCUUCUCUCCAUCAGCGACAGGAUUCAGUCCGGAUGCUGUGCUCGGAGAGCGGACUUCAGAGGAGCUGCAGUCGGUCCAACACUGUCGUCAUAUGAACCAUCGCCGAGGAACAGACAGAAAACACAUUCAAACCUCCUGAGGGUCCAGGCGACAUGACACCUGCGGCACCUUGUGUGUAAAACACAGUUGGUCACACACACAUUAAUUAUGACACAGCUGAUUCCCUGGUCUCUGAGGGACCGUUGAGAACCAGAGGUCCCGCCUCUUGUUUGUAAAACUGCACAGCUGGUCAAGGAGGAGUCUACACGGUCGACUCUACAAUCCCCUGAGGUGGCACUGUGCUGUGCAGACAUGGCUCUCUACUGGAUUCUGCUCACGGUGUUCCGGCUGACCGCCCUGACUUUUUCACACUCUUCAGAACAUGGGGCACCACAUGGUAGGAGGAGGCAGACACAAACCUCAGCAGGGGGCGCCAACGUCCUGCAACAGCCAUUACAGAGUCCCAGAGUGCAGUCCCAAAGCAGGGACCAGGAUCGACCUCGAGCCAGCCAGGGGUCCCGUACUGUCAAAAGUGGAGCCGGGCGUCUCUCCCACAGGGCUCUGCACCCUCUGGCCAGGCCUGAGGACGAUGGCACAGGUCUGGAGGGUCUGAGCCCGGUGAGGCUGGAGAUGGGCCACGCAGGUGAUGUUCGGAUAAAAACGAAGAGUCAGUCCCAGAUCUGGGAAAACCAACUUGCGGGUACAAAAAAAGGGAGAGGACACAGGAGCAGACAUGGACAUCGCUUUGAGCACAGGAGGCAUGGAGCAGGUCGGCGUGACAGGGGACGACAUGGCAAAGGGUCCCGCCCCCCAUUUUGGGAGCCAUUGCCUGAGAUGAGGUCUGCGUCGAAGGACAGCGAUCUUCUGGAGGACCCUUCAUCCUCCUCCCUCAGUGUGACCCCACCCGGUGAACCCUCCUCCCCCCUCGCUGCCUCUGGCUCUGGCUCUGUUUCCACGGUGAUGAACGAGCAUCCUCCAACGCUGCCCCCGACCUCCACCAAACCCCAGAAGUCUGGGCCAGAAUUGGCACAGGAUGUGAUGCCGACUCUGGACAUGGCACUGUUUGACUGGACGGACUACGAGGACAUGAAACCUGUGGACACUUGGUCGUCCUCCGGGAGGAAAGCCAAAAGGCGGAGCAAGAACCUCAGCAAUGGAAACACGACCACGAACGGCGAGGCCACUGAACCAUGUGACCACCAUCUGGACUGUCUGCCAGGUUCUUGUUGUGACCUGAGACAACACGAGUGUAAACCUCACAACCGGGGCCUGAACAACAAAUGCUACGACGACUGCAUGUGUGAAGAAGGAUUUCGUUGUUAUGCCAAGUUCCAUCGUAAGCGACGUGUGACCAGGAGAAAGGGUCGGUGUGUGGUGCCAGAGUCGGUCAACGUAGACCAGGGGGGCUUCAUCACCAUCUGAUGAAGAAGAAGAGAGGAAUGAAAUCACCACCCCUCUGAGAAGAGCUGAGAGUCACAUAUCACAGCGGACGGACCGAGUAUGAAAAUGUGAUCUUUCUUUUCCUUUGACAAUGCUGUAAAAGCCUGAAAGAGUUUGUGUUAAAUUCUUGGAUUUUAUGCUUUUUUCCCUCUAUAAAAUCCUCCUGAUCCUUUUAUUUCUUUGUUUUCAUGAAUAAAAAAAGGCUGAAUAAACUGGAGAGCUUCUACACUUUUAUGUUGGUUUCUGCUCAGCUUAUCUUUCAGAUGAAAAAUUUGACCAAUUCUGAAGAAUUGUACGUACACAGUUAAAUAAAAUGAUUUUAUUUUCUUCUGUUCUUAUUCACUGAAUUCAUGUUCAAGUAUUUUUUUCCAAGGAUAAUCAGAAGCUUAGUCGAAGACACACAUUUCUCCUCCCUUUUCUAUGGACAAAUCUGCUCCGGUGCAGAUUUAGUUUCUAUUUCUGAACCUGCUUUUACACAAACAACAAACAAAAUAAUAGCUGUAAAUGUUUUUCUUUUUUCUAACUGUCGUGUAAAUACAGUAUGGAUGUGUUUUAUUUACUUUCUCACAACCUUCAUUCUCCCAGAUUACUAACUGUAGAUUGAUGAAGAAAAUAGUCUUGGUUUUUUUCUUGUCUUUAAACAUCCUUUAUUUAUAAGUCAAAUAUAUAAAAUUGUAUUGUGUUCUUCUGUUUAUGAUUCUUUUUCAUUAUUAAACACGAAUGUGAGUAUUUUGUGA